AUGAAGCCAGGCCGUAUCCCGACAUGUCUUCCCUUGCUUAGGCAUCGAUGCCUGGGAAUUCGGCUCUACUCGACCCAGCCGAUCCAGCCGCCUCCAUGGCGCCCGGCCGUUGUUCUCGAUGAGUGGGUGGAACGGGGUGCCCGCCCAAUCAGUCUGCGGCAAUUGACUUUUUUUGGACGUACUUUGACCGAGUCUCGUCUGAUCAGUUCUGCCAACUAUGUCCGGACCGAGCUUCCCACGAGAUUGGCGCACCGCCUACGCGACAUGCAAAAACUGCCCUAUGUUGUCGUUUCAAACCCGCAUAUAUCGAUAGUCUACGAACUAUAUUACAAGGCAUUUGAGAAAUUUAGAAAGGUCCCGGAGAUUCUGUCCUUGAGUGAUAAUGAUCGCUACUGCGAUAUUUUACGAGAUACUCUUGCGGAGCAUCUCACGGUCAUCCCUAAUCUGGCCAUGGGAGUUCUUGAAUGCCAAGGGCUUGUCGAGCCCGAUGAAAUGGAUCGCUUUAUGAACACCAUGCUUCGUGCGAGAAUAUCUCGUCGAGUGAUCGCCGAGCAGCAUCUUGCCUUGACCGAAACAUUCAAUUCACCGUGGCACUUUCCGGAAUCUAUAUCUCGGACCGAUGUGAACGCGGAUUUUGUAGGAGAGGUCUUUCUCAAGUGCAACGCAAAGGAUGUCGUGGAGCGGUGUGGAAAACUCGCCCAAGAUUUAUUACGACAGAGCUCGGGGUCAGACAAGGUUCCUGAAAUUAAAGUACAGGGGCAUCUGACAGCUACAUUCCCUUAUAUCCUCGGCCACUUGGAGUAUAUUAUCGGUGAGCUUCUACGCAACUCUAUGCAAGCCGUCAUGGAACGGCACCAAGCCAGUUCGGACGAGCUCCCCAGAAUCGAGGUGCUUAUUUGCGAAGCACCUCAACAUGUGAUCUUCCGCAUAUCAGACCAAGGUGGAGGUGUGCCAAGGGAUAUACUUCCCUACCUGUGGUCCUUCAGCAAGGGACCACGCACUCAAGAUCGGCUUGAGAAUCUAGGACAGGUGCCGGCCAUGGCUGCUACAAUGCAAGAGCUUAUAGUCCCCAUGGACCGAAAAGCCCGAGACCGAGAAACAUACCGCGAAGGCUCUCUGACAACUUUGAGCGCACGGCCGCCCAAUCUUCGUCUGGGCAUGGGUCUGCCAAUGAGCAGAGUUUAUGCGGAGUACUGGGCUGGCAGUUUAGAGCUGCAUAGCUUGGAGGGAUACGGCGUGGAUGCGUUCCUGCAGAUCUCCAAACUCGGCAACAAGAACGAGCAAGUCACCACGAGAGCCUCGGUAGAUGCCGCCGUCUUUGGCUUCUUCACCACAGUCGCCUUUGUCGUCGCGGGACUUGCAGCUCUGUCUGUGUUUCUGUACCCGGCGACCGAAGUCUCGACGAGUGUCGAGUUGAACAAUGUUCAAGUAACAAAAGGCCGACCGCACUACUAUUCAUCCAAACGGGAAGAAUACGCUCAAAUCAAAUUCGACCUUGAGGCUGACUUCUCUCCCCUCUUCAACUGGAACACAAAGCAACUCUUCGUCUACGUCCUCGCCUCCUAUCCCGCGACUUCUCCCGCCAGCGAUCCGCCGCGCGACUCUGAGGCUAUUAUUUGGGAUGCGAUCAUCACGGCCCCAGAAUCACCAUACUCUGUGCCCAAGCUGAAAGAGCGAUUCUCCCCCUCGAAGAAAGCGACCAAGAACUCGCGCAAGAACGCUGCCAAGAAGCAAAAGAAGCAAGACGCCAACACGCCGGGCGUUCUGAAUCUGAAGAACCAGAAAUCAAAGUAUCAAAUCACGGAUAUCUCGGGCAAGAUCGCCGAGAGGGAGAAUGUGACGCUGGUGGUGGGCUGGAAUGUGCAGCCUUGGGUGGGUGCCUUGUGGUGGAGUGAGGGCACGGGGGCAUGGCCGAGGACUGAUGGUGAGGCUGGGCGGAGUCAGUCGUUUAAUUUGCCAGCUUUGAAGGGCAAGACUGCUCAAACGGCGAACGUUUAG